GUCAUGGAUCCAAAAUAUUUAUUGAAAAACGAUUUGUCACUACAAAAAAUUGUUCAUGAAUUCGAUAAUAUGUUUGCGAGUUCAAAAAUUGUUCAAAAAAAUUGAGAAAGUUUAUGAAUUCAAUUUUUAAUGAAUUUGAAAAUGUACACGGAUUUAAAGAAUGUCUGUGAAAUUGAAGUAUGUUCGUGUAUUCAAAUCGCGAAUUCAGAAAGUUCAUCAAUUCAAAAAUUGCUGUUCCCAAAAUUGUGUGAGUUAACAAAUUCAAAAAAUGUUCGUGUCAUAUUUUACAGAUUUGUGGCCCAAAAAGGGCAGCAUGGCCUUAGCCCAGCAAGGCAGCAGCCUGCUCCCGUCACUUCCUCUGGUGUCGCUCAAAGAAAGAAAAAAAUUGUUCCUCCCCUGUCGUCAGAGAGAGAGAGGCGAGGCGCCGCCGCAGCCAGCGCCGCUCACCUCCCUCGGCCGUCGGCCGCUCCCCUGCUAGACGUCGCCGACAGGCCGCCCUCUCGUUCCGCUCGCCGGCUCGCCUCCCUCUCCCCUGUCAGGUGUCGCGGAGACGCCGACGCCAUCACGGCGCCGGCCGGCCGCGCGGCCCCCUCCCCUCGCCGGCUCGUCUCCAACCCGCAGGGUUCUGUAGCAAGUUAAGCAGGGUACAAUUGAACUUCCUGCAGAUCUGGCAAGAUGAAGCUGAAUAAAACUGUUGCAUACAGAGCUUCUGCCUAUACUGCCAUACAGUAGAAUUGAUGCAAAUCAUGCAAUGCUACUUCCUGCUUAUAUACAACUGAAUAACUGACGCCAUUGCUUUCAAAUCUACACAUUUGGAACAUAUUUCCUGAACUGAAAUGCUUGUGAGACUUGAUUGGGCUAUUUAUGCUAUUCUUUAGCCCAAUAUUGAGCUUAUUGCAGCUUAAACUUUCCACAAUUUUUCGCUCAAGGCUGCAUAGAUAUGUAUUUCCCUUUCCUGAACUGUAUGUGUUUGUAUAAGGUUGCAUUGUGUGUAUCCAGGGUUUCUGCAAUGUGUAUACCUGUGAAUGUGAUUUUGAUUAUUUAGCAUUGCCCUUGCCCUUUGUGGAUUCAUGCAGCCGUCCUGUUUGACGAAAUGUCGGCACCAACAUCCAUUCCCUGUGGCUCAAAGAGUGUGGGACGCAACAGGAAUGGUGUCGACAGGCUCAGCAGCCUGUCCGACGAUCUGCUCCACCAUGUGAUGUCCUUCCUGCCGAUGCCCCAGGUCAUGCGCACAAGCCUUCUCUCACCAAGAUGGCGCUUUCUUUGGUGCUCUACACCGUUCAUCCGCAUCGACGGCAAAGACUUCGUGGAUAAUAGCAAGUUGGAGAAUUUCAUUGAUUGCUUGCUGCUCUUGCGCGACUAUACCGCUUCCUUGGAUGAAGCCCGAAUCUCUCCCUGCUGCGUUGAUUGUACCAAAUGUUCCGUGUGGAUUCGUCAUGCCAUCAUGCACAAAGUUCGUGUCCUUGAUAUUUCUGGACCUCUCAGUUUGGAUAAGACAGCAAUAUUUCCUUCUCAGCACCUGAAAACAAUCAGGCUCCAAGCUGCCAUGUUGAGACAUGGGUUUUUUAGGCCGUUGAACUACGACUGCCCUGUGCUUGAACAUUUAGGGCUGAAGUUGUGCACUUUCUGGGGCCAUGAGGAGAUCUCAUCAAGGUCACUCAAGGUUCUGCAUAUCAGUCAGUGCUACCUCACCCCCAGUCUCCUGAUUUGUGCUAGGAACCUUACCAAUCUCUCUAUCCUUGACACAGACAUUGGUGGUAUAGUAACUAGGGAUCUGUCUUCUCUGGUAACAGCUUCGAUUAGUCUAGUAUCCAAACAUUUUUAUCAUAGGGACACAGUAGUAGUGGGGUAUCAUCUACUUGAUGGCCUUUCACAUGCCACAACGUUGGAGUUGCAUGCGCCAUUACAUGAGCGCGCAUUUGAGGGAGGUUUGCCAACAUGCCCCAUGUUGAGCAAUCUGACAAGCUUGGUCCUGGGCGAUUGGGUCAUGACUGCUGACUUCUACCCACUGCACAGUAUUCUCCAGCGCUCGGACAAGCUGAAGGAGCUAACUGUGAAGCUCAAAAUGGAGGAAUGCAGCAGAUGCAAAGCCUUGCCGUCAACAAGGAGAGCGCCGCCAUCGGGCUCAGGCAGCUACCCUUGCAUCGAGAGGAUCAAGAUCUGCUGCCAGAAAGACCAUCCGAGGGUCGGUGAGUUGGUCCAGGCGUUGCUACCGGUUGCCGGCAAUGCGAACAUCAGCAUCGAGCGGCCCUGAUCCAUGCUAAUCAAGACCUCUUUCGCAAAUUUGAUUUAGUAGAGACAGAGUGUUUUGGAGACGCCGACGUUGUCCAUGGGUGUGAUGGUUGUUGGAUCUGAGCUGAUUCGUCAAUGUAGGCUGGUUGGAUGUUGGCACUGGGCGCGUUGAUGGAUUCUGGACAUUGCCUUGUCUGUACAACGGCUGAGAAAAUCUUUGGAAUGCGAAUUUGAGCUUCUGCAUUAU